UUACUUAUACCAGGUCAAAGAUAGACCUCUUUCUCAACGGUUACCUCCAAGAAUCCACUAUCUCCACAUCUCUCUCCUAAUUAUUCUCCCAUUAACAGCCUUCAAUUUCGCUUCUCUUUAAUUAAUUAACCAUAUUUUCUCAACUACGUACUGUACUCAUCUCCUGUUUUUAUUUCAAGAGACUAAGCACAGACUAAGUGAGAGCUCCCUUGAGUCCAAAAAAUUAUGGCUUCUCUCCUUGUUAUCUGUUUCAAAGCUUCUCUCUUUUUGUUUCUCUUCUUGUUUCUCCAUGUGCACACUGUAACUUGCACUGAAUAUGAAGCGGGCGGUGACGAUGGCUGGGUUAUUCCCAAGGGCAACGACGCUGACCAAAUGUACAAUCGGUGGGCCUCCGGCAACAGGUUUAAGCCUGAUGAUAUAGUCCAUUUUAAGUACAAGGAAGACUCAGUGAUGGUGGUGACUGAGGAGGAGUACCAGAAGUGUCGAUCAUCUCAUCCGUUUUUCUACUCUAACAAUGGCGACACCGUCUUCAAGCUGGAGCGGCCGGGGUUGUUCUAUUUCAUCAGCGGCGUUUCCGGCCAUUGUGAGCGGGGGCAGAAGAUGAUCAUCAAAGUUUUGGAGCCUCCGGCAAACUCUCCCGAACAACCCCAGAACCAGACCACCACAGACGAAAAGAACAAUGGCUCAGUUCUAAGCCCUUCCAUGGCUUCUCCAAUAAAUAUAGUGUUGCUAGUUUUGUCUUUUCUAUUGCUGCUUUUUCAUUAGGCUUCUUUAACUAGAUCAAUCCAUUUUAGCCUGUUCUUAUUUGUUAUUCAUGUUUUUGUUAGGUCAGUUUCACUAGAGUCAUUUGUGGAGAUAAUUGUUG